AUGAAUUGCAUACCCGGCCGCCGGGCCACCUCCAGCCUCCGCUCAUACUCCCAACUCCCCAGGAACCUCACUACACGCUCCAAUCCCCCACCGCGCACGCGUCCAUUCAGCAGCACCCCCUUCCGCGCCGCCUACACACCCACCACCCGAACCGCCGCCUCCUCUCCCACCACCGCAAAACCCACCACCGCCUCCACCUCCUCCGCCAUCCCCAACAGACUCGCUCCCAGGCCCGCCUCCUCAACCACAACCGCCAGACCAGCCGCCACCCCCCCACCAACAACACAGCGCUUCUCCCCCGUCGCCGCCGAGCCCCCGCCUCCGACCGCGCGCACCUCCGCCCUCGCCAGCGCCUCCAAGAACCAGCCCUCCCUGACCGACCUCAGCGCCGGGUUGUCCGACGCCCCAAAGCCGCCGACCGACGGGGAUCUAACCGAGCCCAAGGCGAACACGGACUGGACGACGUCGUAUUCGGGGCUUGGCGACGCGCGCUUCGAGCAGGGCGCUGUCGACGUGCUGCUCGCGCCGGUCAGCGAAGAGGACGUCGAGGUGAAGCCGGACGGGAUACUGUACCUGCCCGAGAUCAAGUACCGGCGGAUACUGAACCGCGCGUUUGGGCCGGGCGGGUGGGGGCUCGCGCCGAGGGGGGAGUCGAUAGUGACGGGGAAGCUGGUGACGCGGGAGUAUGCGCUUGUUGUGCAGGGGCGGUUGGUUUCGAUUGCCCGCGGUGAACAGCAGUAUUUCGACCCCGAAGGCAUCCCGACCGCGACUGAGGGCUGCAAAUCCAAUGCGUUGAUGCGGUGUUGCAAGGACGUGGGGAUUGCGAGCGAGCUGUGGGAUCCGCGGUUUAUCCGCAAGUUCUUGGCGCAUUACACGAAGGAGGUUUGGGUGGAGCAUCAGACGACGAAGAAGAAGCGGAAGCUGGUAAUUCGGAAGGAUGAUGUGGUGAAGUAUCCGUUCAAGGAGACGAAGAUGUAG